AUGAAAGCAACAGAAAUGGUCAGAGCCGGCACUUCCCAGUCGCCAGAGGGCGCUGUCGUCUCUGGAAGUCCAAGGUGGGCCAUCCCCUCUUGCCCGCCUUUCCUCGGCCUGCGCUUGUUGCGCGAACUGGCUCUUGAGCGAGCGAGCGAGCGGAGCCGGGACUUUUCCAUGGGUUUUGUGACAUUUUUCCAGGGAGUGUUUGCUGGUAGCAGGUGGGUGCAGUGCUAUGUGAGCCGCAUCAACUCCUUGUGCGGCCUGCAUCCGUUCCCUGGGCAGCAUGUUGUGCAGGCCUGCCCUAAACCAGAGUGGAAAGAUAGCUACCUGCAGUAUCUCUGGGGCAAGAAAAAGGAAAAUAGAGCAUGCCAAGCUCAUGUCAUUUCUAAAGCUUCGCCGCUUGGUCUCCUGAUAGUGAGAAGAAUGGGCUCAGUUUCAGAGAUGCUCACCGUGGUCCCCCUUCACCAGAGGCCUGAUCUGCUGGAGGCCUGUGUUGACCUUAUCAAUGAAGAGUGGAAGCGGAGCCGGGCCUCCCGCAUCCACUCCCUGCAGAGAUCCAGCGACAGCUUCCCCUUGUGCCUGGUGCUGAUCAGGACUCAGAGGCCAGUAGAAGAAACAGCUGAAGGGAAACAGAAUCAGUCCCAGCUUCUGGGCCAUGCCAGACUCUCCCGUGUUGUUGGCCGGCCCAAGAGCUUGUUCGUGGAGACAGUAGUCAUUGCCAAGUCUCUUCGUGGAAAGGGCUAUGGCAGGAAGCUAAUGGAAGCUGUCGAGAGUUACGCUAAAUCCCGGGGCUUUUGCCAUCUUCACCUCACUACUCAUGACAAGCAGCAUUUUUAUGCCCACCUAGGUUAUCGCUACUCCAAGCCUGUUCAAUGUGCAGGAUUUGUGAGCUCCCUUGUGCCUGUUGGAUUUCUGGAGAGCGUCUCUCACCCCCAGGAUGAUGAGGAACCUCCUGCAGGGGCCGGACAGAGUAAUACAAGUGCAUCUUACAGCAGCCAAUCUGGAUCCAAUUUCCCUUCACUGGGACAUACGGUAUCCCCUUCUUGCUCCUCUGUUUCUCCAGGGGCAUUUCCUCCACCACCUCUACUGCCACCUCCUCCCCCUCCUCCCCCUAGCUUCUCUUUCCAGCCUGAUGGGCCCUGUGUGUUGGAACCUGUGCCUUUUUCUGCUGACAACGUUAGUGCCAUGGCUGCCCCACAGCCCACUUCUCUACCUCCCCCGCCUCCUGUGCCUCCACCAGUGGCCUCUUUGCCAAGGCAGCCAAAUUCAUGUGAACUUGCUUCUUGUGGCCCACCGGGGGAUAAGGGACCGGUGGUUCAGGGAACUCCAUAUCGAGACCUCAAAGGUCGGCCCAUAUUCUGGAUGGAGAAGGACAUCUGAUUAAUUGAUUUCAUGCUGUGCCACUGUGUUGAAGAUGAAGUGAUAAUUAGAGGGGGGAGGAAGCCCUUGAGAAGGAAAACUCACCAUUUUAGUUAUGGUGAGAGAUCACCAUUUUCAAAAGGAAAAGCCAAAGAAUUUGGUCAACUAACAGUUCUGUUUCAUCAGACAUCUAUGAAGAAAAGAGCCCAUUUGAUGCCAUGAAAAGGUGAAGAUACUAAAGCAACAAUCUGUGUUCUUUGAAUAUACAUGACUGAGGCUGUUAUAUUCUUUCACCUAUGUACUACAUUGAUUUUUGCAAUAGAACAGUGGGUGGAGCUACAUUGAGUAGUGUAUCACAAAUUUAUUUCCUUUUAUGCCUCAUUUUAUUUUACAAAUAAACAAAUAUGUGAACUGUUUA